AUGCCCUCACACACACCAAUCCUCCUCCUCAAAACAAAAUCCACUCCCCACGAUGGCUACGACGAUUUCUUCUCCACAAACGGUUACACACCAUCCUUCAUCCCCGUCCUCGAACACCGCUUCCACACCGAGAACCUAGCUUCCGUGCGCGAACUCUUCGCAUCCGGCGCUUUCAACACAGACCCUGCCACCCCUACAGCUAUCCAUACAGCUAAGCAGCCCAAUGGGAGUGACAAGAAGUAUGGCGGUAUGAUAUUUACCAGUCAACGCGCGGUGGAGGCUUUUGCGGAGAUGAUUGAAAAGAAUGGUCGUAUGUGUCCCAUUCACACCCUCACCAAAUCAUCCCCCCCCCUCUACACCGUCGGCCCAGCCACAGCCCGCGCCCUGACAACCCUCCGCGACAAAUACCUCCCCACAGCUACCAUCCACGGCGCAGAUACCGGUAAUGGACAGAAUCUGGCUUACUUGAUACUGGAGCAUUACAAUGGGCUCUUCCCCGAGCUAUCAUCUCCCAGCAGCACUGGUAUAAAACCAUCCCUCCUCUUCCUCGUCGGCGAACAGCGCCGAGAUAUCAUCCCGAAAACACUCAUGGAUCCGUCUAAACCGGAGACCGAACGGAUCACAGUUGAUGAGAUUGUCGUUUAUGAAACGGGGGAAAUGGAUUCGUUUGAGGUUGAUUUCCGGGAUGCGGUUAGCAGGGAGAUAAACAGCAAUAAGGAGACGGAGGGGAAGGGCCCGAUUUGGGUGGUUGUUUUCUCGCCGACGGGGUGUGAGGGGAUGCUUAGGGUUCUUGGGAUGGGACCGUUUGCUGGGAAGGGUGGGGAGGGUCUGGAGGGGAGGCGAGCGGAUGUUUUUAUCACGACUAUUGGACCUACGACAAGGGACUUUUUGAGAGAGAAGUUUGGGUUUGAGGCGGAUGUUUGUGCGGAGAGGCCGAGUGCGGAGGGGAUUGAGGAGGGGAUUCGGAGGUUUAUGGAUGCGCGGAGGUGA